AUGAGUGAUAAGAAAGCGGGGCGAGUGACCCGCAACUACGGUCAUCACGACGACAGUGACGCUACGUCCAAACGUUACAGAAGCACCAAACGGAGGCCAGUAUCGCUGCUACUCGGUCUCGCAUGCGGUGUGGUUGUUUUUCUUCUCAUCGUUUGCUCCUGCCUCAUAGCUCUUAUCGUACAUUUGGACGAGAAACUCAAAACGAAUAUCCAUCAUCGCUACGAUCCUAAUCGACCGCAGCAGUACGUGAAAAUGGCGACGAAAAACGUUCCGUCAGAUUUGAGUUUUCGUUUGCCAAAAGAAGUGAAACCCCUCCAUUACGAUCUUUAUCUUCAUCCGGAUCUCGAUAAUGGGACGUUCCAAGGAAACGUUACGAUACUGAUAGACGUACUCGAUCAGAGGAGUUACAUAGCACUACAUCAAAAAGACCUAAAUAUUACUUCGGCUUCUCUCAAAACUUACGAUCGCGAAGUCGACUAUGAAGUCCCAAUCAAGGAAUUCUACACGGUUGAUAAACUCGAGGAACUUCUUGUCACUUUCGACAAAGAUUUGCAUUCUGGGCUCUAUCAUCUUGCUUUUGCAUUCAACGGUGCACUGCAACCUGAUAAAAUCGUUGGCUUUUACUCCAGCAAGUACAAAGAUGCUGAAAAUAGAACCAGGUACAUUGCAACUUCAAAAUUCGAACCCACCUAUGCGAGGAGAUCGUUUCCAUGCUUCGACGAGCCUUCUUUCAAAGCAGAAUUUUCUGUCAGAUUGGUUCACCCCACAGGAGAUGAUUACAGUGCUUUAUCCAGCAUGAAUAUUGAAACAACUCACGUCGAUAAACCUGCUGCAGGACUUACAACUGUUAAUUUUGCUAAGAGCGUUCCAAUGUCAACGUAUCUGAUAUGUUUCAUCGUGAGUGAUUUCGUCGGUGUCACAGCACCUGCAAGAAACCUAGAAGGCAACACUUUCCCUAUCAGUGUUUAUACUGUAAGAGCACAGAAGGAGAAAGCACACUUUGCUUUAGACAUUGGUGUCAAAAUAAUAGAGUAUUACAUUAAAUUAUUUGGAAUUAAUUACCCGCUGCCUAAACUUGAUAUGGCUGCGAUACCUGAUUUCGUUUCUGGUGCCAUGGAAAAUUGGGGUCUCGUCACAUACAGAGAAGCAAGACUAUUCUAUGAUAAGAAAACGAGUUCGACCUCGGACAAAGAGGGCGUUGUUCUCGUCAUUGGUCACGAAUUUGCUCACAUGUGGUUUGGAAAUUUGGUUACAAUGACCUGGUGGAAUGACCUUUGGCUAAAUGAAGGUUUUGCAACGUUCAUGCAAUACAAAAGUUCCGACGCUAUUCUUCCUGAUUGGGGACUGAUGGAUAAAUUUUUACCGGAUACCUUGCAUCCGGUAUUGAUCACCGAUUCAAAGUUGAGUUCUCAUCCGAUAGUGCAAACAGUCAGCAACCCCGACGAGAUAACAGCAAUUUUCGAUGUUAUUACUUACAACAAAGGUGCAUCGGUUCUUCGGAUGCUGGACAACUUCAUUGGAUCCGAUAUUUUCAUAGCCGGUGUAUCAGCCUACCUGAACCAAUUCGCAUAUCAAAACGCUGUAACUGCCGAUCUUUUUGCAAUUCUGCAAAAGGCUGUAACCAACAAAAUAAACGUAACAGCGAUAAUGGACACGUGGACAAGACAAAUGGGAUAUCCAGUGGUAAAAGUUGUUAGAAAUGGUCUCAAUUAUACUCUGACGCAAAAAAGAUUCUUGGCUGAUCCAGAAGCGGAAUAUGAUCCAGCGGAAUCUAAUUACGGAUACAAAUGGACGAUACCAAUCACAUACAUCACAAGCAAAAAUUCAACGCCCACUCACAUAUGGUUCGACAAAGACGCAAGCAAACUUGAAAUUAAAUUGAACGAGCCCGUCGAUUGGAUCAAAUUCAAUCAUAAUCAAGUCGGCUACUACAGAGUGAACUAUGACCUCAACGAAUGGAAAACUCUCUCUGAAGUUUUGGAAUCCCAUCAUAAGAGAUUUUCAGUUUCGGAUAGAACUCAUCUGCUGGAGGAUGCUUUCAGCUUAGCUCAGGCUUCCGAGUUAGAAUAUAGCAUGGUGAUGAACAUGAGCGGGUAUCUUCGUUUGGAAAGAAGCUCCGUCCCUUGGAGCAUUGCCGCCACGAAAUUGGCAGCGAUUGAUAAACUUUUAUCCUCGACCGAUGCCACGUCGAAGUACAAGGAAUACGUGAGGAAUUUGGUGGACGGUGUUUAUAGGGAUGUUACAUGGAAAGUCGACGAUUUCGAGAACCACGACAUGUUGAGCCUUCGUAAAUCGAUUCUAGAAUUAGCAUGUUCCGUUGGCCACCAAAAUUGUCUCGACGAGGCAGGAAGAAUUUUCAAGGCGUGGAUCAACGACACGAAAGACGUUAGACCGCAUCCAGACAUUAGAUCUUUAGUUUAUUAUUACGGAAUGAGUCACGUCGGUGAAGAAGCCGAGUGGAAUAUAAUGCUGCAGAAGUUCGUGGAAGAGUCGAAUGCAGUCGAGAAGAAUAAAUUGAUGAAAGGAUUAGCCGGAGUUCGUUCCAGCUGGAUACUAAAAAAAUACAUCGCAAUGUCCGUCGACGAGAAAUACGUCAGAAACCAGGAUACGUUCAGCUGCUUAAUAUCAAUUUCGAAAAAUCCUGUCGGCACCCCGCUCGUUUGGGACUGGGUGCGUGAAAAUUGGGAAUUUUUGGUCAACAGAUACACAUUGAACGAUCGUUAUCUCGGUCGUUUGAUUCCCAGUAUAACAAAUAGCUUCGCGACAGAUCUCAAGCUCAAAGAGAUAUUGGCAUUUUUUGAAAAGUAUCCGGAAGCAGGUUCGGGAAAAACAGCAAGAGCUACGGCUAUUGAAACCGUUGGUAACAACAUCAAAUGGGUCCAGAAGAACAGGAAAAAAUUGGAAGAUUGGCUGGAUACUGUUUCUCCAACGAGAUUCAGUGAAUAAUCUAUUAAAAACGAAGCCGAAAAUAAGUGUAUAAAAGGCCAAAGUUCUAUUAAACUUUAACCAGGCUGACUCCAAAUAAUUGAGUAAAUACUCAAUAAAUAUUCACAUUAUUUCGUCUCGAAGAAACAACGAACGUCUCGAAAAUGUUGUAUCUCAGGCCCAGUUUGCAGUGCUGAGCAGUCUCAAGGCCAGGGCAACUCGCGACGAACAAUUGUCGACCGUCAAAAAUACAAUAAUGAACAGACUUAACGAGAAUAGUUUGAAAAAAAGUGCAAUUGAAUAUAAAAAAUACAAUAGAAAAAAAAAUAUAAAAAAUACAAUAGAAAAAAAAAUAUAAAAAAUCCAAUGAAUAGAAAAAAUAAACUCGUUGAAUCGAGGGACAAUAAGUUCGAACUCGAAUUGUGUAAAACUUAACAAUAUUUUUUCAUUGUAAUAUAAAGAAAGGUUGAGUGCUCAGUAAAAACGAGAGAAGCUCCGAUCGCUUCUUACUAUAUUCUUCCGUUUUUAUUACUGUUACAUAUUUCGUACCUAAGAAUAUUGUAAACUAAUUGAUUUUCAAUAAACUUGACCUUGUACAGUGAA